CAACUAUCCUCAUUCCCUUUCAACUCCAUCUCAUACAACUCCCCGAACCGGCGUGACAUACUUCAAGCACAAUCACGUCGAGGACUCCGUCACAAAAACAUCAUCAACUCGCCACCAUACAGUCCUCACGACCCACACGUCUCGUCUGCCUCCCAUGCCCCCUCCCCUUCACCCUCUUCCCGUCAAUCCGACAACAGGACAACAGCCUGCUGCCUCCUUGGGCGGAUUCAGAGCGGGACCGCCUCCGGCCAGUGCCGCCGGUGGUGGAGGCGUCUCUCGUGACGUUCUCAAGGGAUUACAAGACGUGAUUUUCAGUGAUGAUGAGGAUGAUCCAGAUUGUGUCGUCUGCGCGGAACCUCUUGACUUGUCAGACAUCAAUUUCAAACCUUGUCAAUGUGGUCUCCAAAUAUGUCAAUUUUGCUACAACCACUUACUCUCUACCGACCCUCGGUGUCCAGGUUGUAGACGAGCAUAUGACGCAAAUGCUGUCGUGUUCCAACCUGUCGACGUCGAAGAGGUCAAGCGGGCGAAAGAGAAAAAGACGAAAAGGGCAAAGACAAUCAAACAGCUUGAUGCCAUGGGUCGGAGACAUCUUCUCGGUGUGCGGAUAGUGAUGAAGAACAUGAUUUACGUUGUCGGCAUCAAAAUACCCGGACAAGGCGAAGAGGCAAUAGCAAUAUUGAGACAACACGAGUACUUUGGUCAAUAUGGUAAAAUAGCCAAAAUUUAUCUCCGAGAACGUCCUCACACUUCAACACAAGCGCAAACAUCCUCCUCAGAAGACUCCAGCACACCGACAGGAAUCCUCAUCAUUUACGUACGUCGAGAAGAUGCAGCACGGGCUAUUGCGGCUUUAGACGGAAUCCC